UGAUUCUGCCAGGACCAAUGGAGCAGCAACCAGAGGGGGUGUGAACACCUGAACUACUGCCCCAAACCAUGGGUGGUAAAUGCUGUAAGUCUGGUCCAGAUAAGGAUGCACUAGAGACUGAGAAGCUGAAGAGGCUUUGUCAAAAACGCCACAGAGCAAGAAUCAAGGCAGCUGAGAAGAUCCAGGCCUGGUGGCGUGGCACCCUGGUACGUCGCACCCUGCUGGUGGCAGCCCUCAGGGCCUGGAUGAUUCAGCUCUGGUGGAGAACACUUUUGUGGAGGCGGGUUCUUAAGCAGCGACGGGACCUGUUGAAGAUCUAUGUAAUCCAGGAGGAGGCGGCAGUCAAGCUCCAGUCCUGGGUUCGCAUGUGGCAGUGCCAUCGACGUUACUGCCAAAUAUGCAAUGCUGUCUGCAUCCUUCAGGCCCCAAAGAGCUAUUUUGCCUUCCAGACCAGUGAUAUUCUACAGGCACAAUAUGAAGUCACUCCCAACCAGCCGGAGUUCCAUAUUGAAAUCCUAUCAGUCUAAAAGUACCAGAGGGUGGAGAACUACUCCACUGCACCCCAAUAAAUGUCUGACCAGA